AUGGAACCCCAGCUCAAUGCUUGUGGCCGUGUGCCUCUGGACAAGCCUUUCACACCUCCCAAACGCAGUGUCUUCACAAGGACGUGCACCUGCGAAAACGAUUCUCCCAACAUCCCGGCCGGGGCUGAGAGCCGGGGGGCGCCCGCAGCGGCGGUUGCGGGACCGGCUGGCGCGCGGGGCGCCGCGAACCGUCGGCCGAGAGGUGAGGACGGGCCGGGCCCUGCCGCGCAGGCACCGCCAUUCCUGCGUGGGUCCCUCCGCCCGGCUCACCCCCAGUCGUUACAUCAGUCGACUCCUCUCCCUGCAAAACUAAGGUUCCAGCCAGCCUUCGUCAUCUUUCUCCUGGACCGUUGCCGCCUCCUCAGUGCAGACCCACGGAGACCUGCAGAGCACCCGAGCCUGUGCCCCGUGGUUCAAAACCUUUCCGUGAUUUCCGUGACUUCCCCACUGACCUGGGGGGGAGCCCAGGCCCCCGAACCUGACCAGAGCUCAGACCUGACUCAAGAUCCCGAGCUCCGCAUCCCAGAGAUUCUUGCGGCUGGGAAGCCUGUGACCUUGAACUGUGCCAUCAAAGGUACCUGCAGAGAAACCGAAGCCUCUUCCUCUCCCGGAAAGGCCGCCAUGUCCACCCCAGGCGUCCCCAGCAGCUCCCCUUCCUCGGCGCCGCACCUCACCCCGAAGCCCAAAGCCCAAGGCACCACCCUCAGAUGUCACUUGAACUUAGCUGACGUCACCAGAGGCAGAAUGGACAAGCGCCAAGUGGACUCACCUGCCAGGCUGUUCGACUCCUCUUGCUCCUUGGAGCAGACGCUGCAGUGCAGCUGCUCCUUCCAGGGGGUCCCCACGCCCUCCGUGCAGUGGUGGAUGGGCAGUGCCCUCGUGGACGUGGACAGCAUGGACAACGUCCGCCGGGUGACCACCACCACGCGUGCCCCAUGGGCCAACAGCACCAUCAGCCUCCUCGGGGAGCCAGAAAUGGUCAUGAGACUUCGCUGUGAGGGGGAGAACCGAUACGGAAUCCAUACUUCCAGGGUCUUCCUGAUACCAGAUGAGAACUCUGCUUCCAGCGUGUUCAGGAAAGGCCUGCUCCAGGGCGUCGUGUACGGAGCCAUCGCAGUCGCACUGUUGCUCUUCUUCCUCGUCCUCCUUGUAAUGAAGAUGCUUAAAUGGUGGCAGGAAAAUCAGAUUCUCAAAACCGAGGAGGCCUUGAUGCUCAAGAAACCAGAGCUGCAGGAGGAGCCAGGAAACCCCCAGGAAUCUGAAGCUGCAGCCCCACCAGCUGGGGCGGGAGGUAAACCCCACGCCCAGCAGUCAAGCCGCAGCUGCAGGCCCCGCCCACCCGCCACCGGCGGACGCCCAGGGGGGCUGGUUAAGAGAGGAGACUCCCAAGCCCCCACCCCAUGCACUGGCCAGCGAGCCCUGAGCCCCAGCGGCUGCGCGGAUGGUGAGCUUGCCGCAAGCUCUCCCGCCUUUCCGAGGCUGCCCUGGCGCGGAGCUGCAGGCUGGGCCUUAACUGGGGUUCCUGGUGGGGGUUGCUCGCUCUUCAAGACCGGGUCCCCCAGGAGCAGGCCGGCGUGCGCUGCCCGUGGGAGGGCCCUGCGGGCCUGGGGAGGCCGGCGCGGACACUGGAAGUCCAAGCUCACGGUGCAGGAGGCUGGGUCGAUUCCUUCCGAGGCCUCUCUCCUGGGCCCGAGGACGGUGCCUUCUCUUCCUGUGGUCUCCCUUCUGUGCGCGUCUGUGUCCUAAUCUCUUCUAUGAGAGCACCAGCCACAUGGAGCACGGCCCACCCUAGGCCCUCAUGUAACCCUAAUUCCCUGCAUCGAGACCCCAUCUGCAAAUGUAGUCGUGUCUGAGGCACCAGGGGCCAGGACAUCAACAUAGGAAUGUGGGGAGUCGGGGACACAGUUCAGCCCAUAACAGAGGCUUAAAGGGGCGGGCUGGCCCCUCCACAUGGGGGUGCCCAGAGAGGGGGGGGCUCGCCGGACCGAGGGACAGCAGCUCUGGUUCUCCGCAGUCCGGGGCUCCUGAGACAGAAGAGUGUAGACUUGCGGACUCCGAGGCGGGUCACGACCCACUUUCGGGCUCCGGCCCGGCUGGGGCUGCACAGCCUGCAGAGCACCUGUGACGCCUCGCCCUAGACACCAGACCUGGAGGCCUGCAGCCCGGCUCCUGCCCGGCCACUCGGUGAGCACCCCGGGCCUCCGGGUGCCAGGCCUCACGUUAGCCCACGCAGGGACACGCCUGGCACCUGCCCCCGAGGGCAGCAGGCAGGCGACACACGGAGCAGAGACAACACACGCCAGGACACGCCAAGGAGGCAGUGCCAGGACACAGGCUGCCACCUUUGCUGCCGCACGGCCACUGUGAGCCCCAAGUGACCACGGACCGAGGCCAGCCUGACCCUGCCUUCGCGGGGAGAGGCAGUGAGAGUAGGCGGGAAGUGGCUGAGACACUAAAGGACCCCAGGGGCACCUCUGCAGGACAUUGGGGAUCACGAGGCCCUGCACUCCACACACUGCACACUGUGCAAACGGGCAAACUGAGGCUCACCACGCCUCAGGCCACACAGCAAAACUGCAAGCUGCUUGGGACUCCUGCGUCCCCGACCGCUGGCCCUGCGGCGGCCGCCCUGGGCCCGGACACUUUCUCCCGACCUGUGAGACUCUGG